GGCAACACUCACUUAGUACCUGAACCUUCUCGGGACCCAACACACAUCUGCUGCCUUUUCCAGUGCAUUCACCAAUAUGAAUCCUGUAUUUACUUUUCUUUUGGCUUUGCCACUAAGGCAAGAGAGUGUGAACUUGAGAACCAAACAUGGGAUGGCUAAAGUGUUAGGUUCACUUACUUGCAUUGGUGGAGUUAUACUGCUCAUCUUUUACAGAAGAAUUUCACUAAACAAAGCAACUAACUAUUCAGGAAAACCCACAUAUAAUGCUAGUAACUUGAGUAUGGUUACAAAAGUUGGAAGCAAGGAAGAAUGGAUUGUUGGAUCAAUUUACCUUUUGUUAAGCAUCAUAUGCUGGUCUGGAUGGUUUCUUAUGCAAUCGAGGAUUGGCAAGAUAUACGGACGUAAAUACUCUAGCACAGCCUUGAUGUCAGCUUUUGGUGUUGCUCAGUCUGCAAUCUUAUGUUUUGCCAUCAACAGAGACACUACCAUUUGGAUUCUAAGGGAAAAGCUACACAUCUUUACUGUGUUAUCUGCUUGUAGAAAGCUUUUUAACAAUAAGGCAGAAGCUUUUUCAUUUUUCUUCCAGCUUCUUUAUCAUUACUCCAGUUAUUUAUUAGCUGUUCUAAUUAUUGGUCGUGAGGGUAGAGAUUCGGAUGACUUGGAUCCUGAUCAGGCCUGA